CGUGGGGAGGGGGAGAAAAACAAGAGCUGCCGUUUUACGACAGAAGAGAGACAGGCGAGGCGCCCGUCCCGGACGAGGGUCCAUGCAUCACGCCGUCCCCUCCUUUUUACCGCGACCGCGACCGCCAGCGGCUGAAUGUCAACCCACCACCACCACCACAGCCUCAGCAGCAAUGCCGUCCCCCGCGACAUCCCCAAGCCCGCCUCCGCCGACGAGCUCGCCAAGAAUGGCAAGAAGAAGAAGUCCUUCAUGUCCAACAUCUUCCGCAAGAAGGGCCGCAGCGGCGCCGGCAGCUCCGACAAGCGCCCGCCCUCCCGCCGAGACCGGGACUUCCUCUUCGAUUUGGAAGAGAAAUACGGCGAGAGGGAGAGGGCGGACGCCGCGGCGGCGGCGGAGUUCGUGGACGCGUCCCCCGCCGUCCGCAAGAGCGUCUCAGAUCGGCAUUGCGCGAAGCGGAUCGAGAGCCUGACCCUGAGCUGCCUCGACUCGCCCAACAGAAACGUCGACACGCGGGAGUACAGGGUGUUCGUGGGCACGUGGAACGUGGGCGGGAGGCCCCCUAACAGCAGCCUCAACCUAGAGGAUUUUCUCCAGAUAGAAGGGCUACCCGACAUAUACGUCCUAGGGUUCCAGGAGAUCGUGCCGCUGAACGCGGGCAACGUGCUGGUGGUGGAGGACAACGAGCCGGCGGCCAAGUGGCUGGCGCUCAUCUACCAGGCGCUCAACAAGCCCCAGCAGCAGCAGGCGCAGCAGGACCAGCCGUCCUCCGGCGACGAGCUGUCGCCGACGGAGUCCGUCGCCUCCUCCUCCUCCUCCCGGGCCCGCCCGUCCAUCCCCAGGUCCUCCAGCAGCGGCACGCUCUUCUUCUCCAAGCCGACCCUCAAGGCGCUCAGCAAGAGCUACCGCGUCAACAGCGCGCUCGUCAAGACCUGCACCUGCAUGGCCGACCCCUCCACCAUGCACCGCCGCGCCAGGGAGAUGCGGGACUUCAUCUACCGCGUCGAGGCCUCCCCGUCCGCCGCCGACGACCCGGACCCCUCCUGCUCCUCUUCCUCCUCGUCGGCGAUGACGACGCCCGCGGCACCCGAGGCCGGCGGCAUCGGCGGCGGCGGCAUGAGCUACUGCCUCAUCGCCAGCAAGCAGAUGGUGGGCAUCUUCCUGUCGGUGUGGGUGCGGCGGGAGCUGGUGCAGAACAUCGGCCACCUCCGGGUGGACUCGGUGGGGCGCGGCAUCAUGGGCCGCCUCGGCAACAAGGGCUGCAUCGCCAUGAGCAUGACGCUGCACCAGACCAGCGUGUGCUUCGUGUGCAGCCACCUGGCCUCCGGCGAGAAGGACGGCGACGAGGUCCGCCGCAACUCCGACGUCGCCGAGAUCCUCAAGAGCACCCAGUUCCCCCGCAUCUGCAAGGUCCCCGGCCAGCGCAUCCCCGAGAAGAUCAUCGACCACGACCGGAUCAUAUGGCUCGGGGACCUGAACUACCGGGUGGCGCUGAGCUACGACGAGACCAGGGUGCUGCUGGAGCAGAACGACUGGGACACCCUGCUGGAGAACGAUCAGCUGAUGAUCGAGAGGCAAGCAGGGAGGGUGUUCAAGGGGUGGAAGGAGGGCAAGAUCUACUUCGCGCCGACGUACAAGUACAAGCUCAACUCCGACACCUACGCCGGCGAGACCACCAAGUCCAAGAGGAAAAGGAGAACACCCUCAUGGUGCGACCGGAUACUGUGGCACGGCAAGGGGAUAGAGCAGCUGCAGUACAUCAGGGGGGAGCACCGGUUCUCCGACCACCGGCCCGUCUGCAGCGUCUUCGUGGUCGAGGCCGACGCCGACAACGGGAGCAGGAUCAGGAAGGGCUACUCCACCCUCGACUCCAGGGUCCACUGCGAGUCGCCGUUGCCGAUACCGCAGAGACACAGCUUCUACGACUUUUGACCUGUUAUAGUGAUCCUCUUUUGUCUAUACUUCUAUAGGUUACACAAGGAUCAGAAAUGUCUCUAGUGAGAGGAGGGGCUGAAAGUUCUUCAGCUUUCAUGCCUAGUACUUUUUCUUGAUGACUGAAAUGUAAAUGGUGGCUUCUAGCAGAUAUACAAGUUGUUGCCAA